AUGAAUGAAACUGAUAGUAAAUAUUUACAAAUGAAUAUCAGUAGUCAAUUAUUAUCCUACUCAUCAUCAUCAUCAUCAUCAUCAUCAUCAUCAUCAUCAUCAUCAUCAUCAUCAUCAUCAUCAUCAUCAUCAUCAUCAUCAUCAUCAUCAUCAUCAUCAUCAUCAUCAUCAUCAUCAUCAUCAUCAUCAUCAUCAUCAUCAUCAUCAUCAUCAUCAUCAUCAUCAUCAUCAUCAUCAUCAUCAUCAUCAUCAUCAUCAUCAUCAUCAUCAUCAUCAUCAUCAUCAUCAUCAUCAUCAUCAUCAUCAUCAUCAUCAUCAUCAUCAUCAUCAUCAUCAUCAUCAUCAUCAUCAUCAUCAUCAUCAUCAUCAUCAUCAUCAUCAUCAUCAUCAUCAUCAUCAUCAUCAUCAUCAUCAUCAUCAUCAUCAUCAUCAUCAUCAUCAUCAUCAUCAUCAUCAUCAUCAUCAUCAUCAUCAUCAUCAUCAUCAUCAUCAUCAUCAUCAUCAUCAUCAUCAUCAUCAUCAUCAUCAUCAUCAUCAUCAUCAUCAUCAUCAUCAUCAUCAUCAUCAUCAUCAUCAUCAUCAUCAUCAUCUUAUGAUCUCAUAUAA